AUCCAGCCAGGCCGGAAGCCCCAGUCCCACUGCUUCCAUAGACUGAACCAGCAGGCUACUGCACAGCCUCAGAUGGAAAUACUGUAGGAUUUCACUAGCCACAUGGUUGAUCUCAUAUUUUUAUUUUAAAUGGGCGUCGUACUUGGCCUUACACCUUCCCUCCCAGUGAUUUGUGAUUUUAUAAGUUAUUGUUAUGCAAGGAUUUAACAUACCAAAAAGAUGAUUGGGGGCUACGUUUUUGGCUGGAGAAGCCUGCGAUCGACUGAAUGCAACACAUAGAUCUGACGGAAAGGAUUAUUAUAUGGGUUGCAUUUGAUUUUCCUGACCUGCCCUAUCCGUAUUUCGGAUUACUCUACAUUCUUCGGGAAUGGAAGGACGGGAUUUCGCUGCUCCGGCGCACCUCCUAUCAGAGCGGGGCGCCCUGGUGCACCGAGCCGCCUCUCGGAUCGCUCCCUCCGGUCACAGCUCUGUGCAGCACGCCGGUCACUUCCCGCCGGGGAAAUACUACCCUUCGCACAUACCAAUGGCUCCCCACUCAGGCAGUGGAUUGAUGGGCAAUUCCUCCGCCUCCUUCAUGGGGACCUUUCUGGCCAGUAGUCUGGGUUCCCCCCCUUCCCACCCGUCUCACCCUUCCCGGCCGCCCUCCUCGCCUUCCUCACCGUCCUUCCGGGGCGGACCCCACUCCAGCGCCUCGCAAAUCUGGUUUCCACAUUCGCAUGAAGCAGCUCCAGGGUAUCCUCGAUUCUCAGGGAGUCUGGCCCACACUUUCCUUCCAAUGAGCCACUUGGAUCACCAUGCCAACAGCGGUGUUCUCUACGGGCAGCACCGUUUCUAUGACACCCAAAAAGAGAACUUCUAUCUCCGAGGUCUCCCUUCUCAACCUCCUCUCAUCUCAGCCAAUCACAGCCUGCCACCAAUGUCCAGGGCAGUGUCAGGACACUCUCAGGGGUCCUGCAGCAGAGACAGAGACUCAGGGGUGGGGACAGGUCUGCAUAAGGGUCUUAAAGAAGGGUCUGUAGAGAGAGGAGUAGUAUCUGUCAAAGACAAGGAGCGAUCGAGUAGCAAACACGAAGCAAAGGAGCGACAGCAGCAGCAGCAGCAACAACAGCAUCACAGUCACCAACCACAGCCACAGCCCACACACCAUCACCAUUCCCACUCACAUCAGCAACACCACUAUCAACAGCACCCACUGCCCUUGGAGGAGGUCAACAGUCGGGCCCUGGAAAGGCACAAAUCAUCACUUGCCAUGGAGCACCCUCAGAGUAUGGGAAAGCCCCUCAGUGCCUGUUUGCACAAUGGCAAGAUGCAAAACGGUGAUACAGGAGCUGGGGUAGGGGCUAAGGCAUCCAUGUCCAGCUGUGGAGGGGAGGGCACAGGCCUUGGGGCGAUGGGAGGUGGGGGAAGCAGCCAGGGCAGACAUAUGGGGUCUGGUGGUAGUAGUCGCUGCACCAAAGAGGGGGUAAGUGGGGAGAUGAGGAUCAGUGAACAACCUUCAGACUGUCUAGAAAGAGGUCAGGCGCCACUGCACCACUCUCUGUCCUACUCUGUACCCCCACCCUUACACAUGGGUUCUGCUGCUGGAGGGGCACACCCUCAUUCACAUCCUCACACCCACACCCAUACACAUCCACAUCCAGGGGGCUUCCACUGUCUUCAGCUUCACCCCAGCCACCCACACCACCCACAUCAUUCCCACCACCACCCAGACUUCUUUUGCCCACCUCCUCCAGCCCCUCUAGCCAACCCCACCUCACAUGAGAGGGGGCCAGCCAAUGUGGGGAGACAACCUAAAGUGACAGGACCUACAUUUGUGCCAUCUGUGGCAGAUCUGGGGGACAAAUCUGGUGGACCAUUCCAGCUUGGUAACCCUGAUUGCCAAGGAGUGGGUGGUGGAGGGGCUGGCAGCAAUGCCAAGGACAAGGUAAUAGAAAAGAAUGGAGGUGGUGGGCACCAUAGUAACUGGCACAGAAAACAGCAGCAGCAGCAGCAACAACAACAACCACAACAGCAGCACCCAUACAGAAAAACAGAGAAGGCUCCAGACUGGAUGCAGUCCCACCACCAGCAUCUUCAGUCCUCACAGCUUGCUCCACCUGCUCAACAACAGCAGCCUCCACAUCCCCAACAGCAGCACCAGGUUGUGCGUUCCCGUAGUGCUGAGUGCAUAAACAGUGGGGUUGACAUGGAUGUGUUCAGAUCGUCCCUGCCCCAGGGGCCCAAGACUGGACACUCUGUUCCCCAUUCUGUUAACACUUCUCCUUACAGAGACUGUUCCCAUCCAGGACCCCCGCCAAACUCCUCUCCACUUGGAAAUAAAAGUAUGAGUCAACACAAUGGGGCUGGAGCAGCCCACGGCCCUGGGCCUGGAGGUAGCUGCUCCUUACAAAGAGAUGGCCAGAAGGUAGCCAGGAUUCGCCACCAGCAGCAUGGCCGACCUGGCCCAGAUGCCCCCUCUCCAGCUGAGCUGAAUCAGGGGGGUAAUCAGGAGUUAAAAAGAAAGAUGGACAUGUCCCCUUAUGGUUAUAACAACAGUGGGCAGCAACACCACCACCAGCAGCCCCCGGUUCCACCCUGGGCUAUGAGGCCUCAACACCACAUGUCAAAACCUGAAGAGGAACAGAGGAAGUCCUACAUGGAGUUAGGGGGCACUGGUGCCCAACACUCACAACAGCAGCAACAGCAGCAGGCGGGAAUGAGCCUGCCUCCUCCCCAGCCUCCCCCAGCACCUCCCCUCAGUCAGCAGCAACAACAGCCACAGCAGCAACCUGAGCCCCAGGGUCCGACUCAGGGGGAGAGCAGUGCCAUUAAAGGCUUACUGAAGUACAGCAACCAGCAACAACCCCUGCUCCUGUCCCAGAAGAGCCCCUUUGGGGGGCUGGGAAGCCUUAAAUCAGGUCCUGCUGGGGGGAGCUGUGCCCUACAGGGCAACAAACACACACUACCUUCCAGGAAGGGCCCAGCCAAUGACAGUGAACGCUCUGAUUACGGUGGACGGAGCAGGGAGAUGGGAGAGGCAGGCCAUGGGGAAAGUGAGGUACGGCAGCCACCAGUGGGAAUUGCAGUGGCUGUUGCCAGACAAAGGGAUCCACCAUGUCGUUCUGCAGACAGUCAUCCCAACAGCCGGCAGGGCAGGGUACACCCCUCAGUGAAAGGACCGACCCGCUCCAUGUAUAACUCAGAUCCCACCACAGAAGAGGAGAGGAAAAGAAUGAGCGGAGAACAGAUAGGGCUGACAUGCUUGGACAGGGAGAGAGAUGCAUAUAUCAGGGAUAAUAAGGAAAGGGUAGAAUUUGCAAGGAUCCACCCCUCCAACAGCUGUCACGGAGACCUCACCUCUCAUCUCAUGGUCCCGGGUGGAACUUCCCUUCAGUCUGGCCAAUUAGGAGAUCCUGCUGCACAUUCUGCUCACCAUCACUGGAUGCCAAGAACUGGAAGCCCAUCUCUCUGGAUGACAGGACAUUCAUAUGGUAUAGGUCACACAGCCCUGCAUCAGAAUCUGCCCCCAGGUUUCUCGGCAGCCAUGCCAGGCCCUCUGCAGCCAGUCCUGCCCCUACCCCAGGAUCCCUCCGCCCAGCUGGUGGUCCUUCCCACUGAGCCGUCAGCUCAUCCUGCAACACAUCACCUGGAUGUGAUGGAGCAGCCUGGGCUGUGGCCCCCUGUGUAUGGCGCCCGGGGCCCACCCUCCCACAUGCAGCAUCCUGCUGUGUACUCCCGAUCCCAGUUUCUACGGCAACAGGAGCUGUAUGCUCUCCAACAACAUCAACAGCUCCAGCAUCAGCAUCAACAUCAGCACCAGAGUCACCAGACACAACAGACGCAACCACAGUCUCAACCCCAGCAGCAGCACAGGGCACAUAACAUGGACAUGCAACACCAAACCACUCACAAUGUACAGAUGCAGAAGAGGCCAGAGGAGCCUUCUGUUGAACUGGAGGAACUCAUUUCUCAGCCCAGGACGUCUAAACCGGCUAAGCCCUACUCUUACAAUCCCCCUCAGAGGAAUGCUUCUCCUGCUGGGGCUUGUGCUACCCACCUGUCCCCGUGUUGCCAGUCGCCUUCAUUAAGACCUCAUCCCAAAAGCACUCCCUCCACCCCCUGCCCUGCUCCGAGCCCUGCUGCAGCAGCUCUUCACUCACCUGCAAUCAGCCCAGCGCCACCUCAGAUGCCAAAGGGUGCUGAAUCCCAGGACAAGCGAGAAGUACAGCCGCCACAGGAUUACCCAGAGUCUCUGGAACCAGACCUGCCUCCUGGAUACACCUAUCCUGGUAUUGCCAUUGGCUACAGGAGUGGACCGUCCCCUGAGGAUGUUCAUCUCGUUGAGCCAGCAGACCUGGAAGCGGUCCAAGUGGAGCCUGCUGAGCAUGCUCCCUCAUCUCUCUCCACCCUAGGGGAGGAGCUGGACUGCCAAGCUGUGGUCAGACCUCUGCCGGAGCCACUCCCACCUGAGGAUGUGGUUCAGGAAGAGGAGGAAAGUGUGGUUGAAAGAGUUCUUGAGCAGAGGGAGGAGGUGGAGGUAGCAGAGAUAACUGCCACCCACUAUGUGCCUGGAGAGAAGGAGGUGGAAGAGCAGGGGCCCAGUGAGGAUGAGGUGCUUGUUUGCCCCCCUACUGAAAGCCCUGUGUGUGAGGCCGCUUCCUGUCCAAUCCCCCUUUCCACAGAGGAGCCUGAAAGGCCAGAUGCUGUCAUCACCUUGGAUGAAGAAGAGGAUGAUGAGGCAGUGGAAGAGAAGAGCCAGGUGGAGCAUGCUCAAAAGGUCAACAUGCCUGGAGAGCAGGAACCAGAGCUGGCCGCCAUCACUGAGCUCAACCCCGCUUCCCCUGCAGUCCCUGAGCCACAGACCUCAGCCCCCGAGGAGGCAGAGGACAGCGGGCAUCGGCACGAGAACGAGAUGACCCCUGACGACGCCUCGGUGGAUUUAGUGUGUCUUUCUCCCGCCACUACUUCUGCCCUCAGCCCUAGCAAGGCGACCGAUGCCAUGCCCCACAAACCUCUUGUGCCAUGCUACUGGAGUCUGGAGCUGCUGAUUGCUGCUGCCUUCUGCACAGACGUGCCCCCUUUUCCUCUGUUCCCUUUCAGCGCCCCAUCAGUGCCCCCAUCGCAGCCCAACCCCCACCAGGGUAUGGAACUUCUGAGUGAGUUGGCAGAUCUGGAGCUGCAACAGCAACGGCACACCUGCGGGAAAAGCCAGGAAGAGGAGUUGCUGAUGUUCGACCUCCAGAGUCUUGCUACCUUAGCCACAGCUCGUGCACUGGAGAUGAGCUCCCAGGAAGGAAACAGUACAGGUUCAGGACGACACUCCCCAGCCCGCAGGAUUCUCAAUUUACGUAGAAAAUGCAGCUGGACCCCUCGAAAUGAACCAGUGUGCCCGGCCAAAGGUAGCAUGGAAACAAUGGACGCUCCUGAGCUUGCAAUGCGUGUGAAGUUGGCGGAGCUACAGCGUCGCUACAAAGAGAAGCAGAGGGAACUGGCCAAGCUUCAGAGAAAACAUGAUCAUCAGAAGGAGGAAACACCUCGCAGCCCAGCAAGACGAGGACCAGGGCGGCCAAGGAAGCGGAAACCCACCCUCACUACAGGUCCACUGUCCUCUACUGAGGGCCAAAGAAAAGUCAAGUCCAUGGGGGCGGGGCUUGCCCUAUCGCCUGAGCACCUAGCAGGGGGCGGAGACAGCCAGAGAAGGAAGAAGAGGCUGUCCAGUCAAAGCUUUGAGAGGCUCAGCAGCACGCAGAUAAAAGCGCAGGGCUGCAGAAAAAGCAGUCUCCAUAGUGUGCUCAGCUCAAAGUUGGCCGGUGAUGUGGCUCAGUUGAAACAGAAGGCCCCGGGUAAAAAGAAUCUCUCAGGGACUGGCUCCAGGGACAAGGAGGUUUCGCCUUGUAAUGUCAACCCCAAGCAUGGACACCGAGGUCAGGGCGCAAGCAAAGCUGAAUCCAGGCGAGAGUCUGGAGGGCAGAGUGACACAGCAGCUAGUGUGGACAGUGGCCCCCAGGAGAGCUGGACUGGACUGGGGCGUCGUGGUCGGAAAAAAGGGUCUACCUCUCUGACACAGGGUUCAUCCCAUCUGAGUCGGUCUAGAGCAAAGGUUUUCCACGGGCAGAGACAGGAAACAAUGGAGGAGGGAGAGAGCUCCCCACCAGGCACCGACUCCUCCGAUCAGGUAGAAGAGGAAGAAGAGGAAGGCAGUUACGACACUGAUGAAGGACAGGACUUCAGAGCCCAACCCCCCAGAGAUGUCACUUCUAGCUCCUCUGUGACAGGUCCGAGUCCCUCAUCUGUUGUAAAACUGGAGGCCAAUCAGAAAGCACGGAACAAAAAACAGAGACAGGAGCUUUAUGGCUCCCACAGUCUGUCUGGAGCAGAGGGGGAGGUCAAAGUGAAGAAGAAGCCCCCGUGUAAACUGGGCCUGGCCUCUACAACUAGAAACUACCAUGAAGAUCAUCGGCCUGAAGGGGUUAGCAGGUCAUGCGGACCCAGGUCCAAGGAGCCUCGGUGGGGCAGCCUUGGGACCCGAGGCAAUCGCUACAGGAGAAGCAUGGGAUUGGCUACUUUCCCAACCACCACUGAGAGGCUGAAGAGGGCGACCCGCAAGAACACCAUGUUGAGAGGCGCAAUCAAUAAGAGGAGGAGCUGCUGGUCAGUCGGAGCUUCGUCUCCACAGAGUGAGCAGGGAAGUAAAAGUCGAAGAAACAAGAACCAACAGCAGCCAAAAGGACGCGCUGUGAGUCGACUAUUGGAGAGUUUCGCAGCUGAUGAAGGCUUUCAGAUGGAUGGCAGCAGCUUCUCAGAAGAGGAGGAGGAUGGCAGCCAUCCAUACGACAAUAAGAGUCCUGCAGUUCCUAACUGUGUCCUGACCAAAGAACUCUUAACUGAUGGGCUGAAGGUGCUGAUCUCUAAGGAGGAUGAGCUUCUUUACGCUGCCAGAGUCCACAGUCUGGAGCUGCCAGACAUCUUUAGCAUUGUUAUCGAUGGCGAACGAGGAAACCGCCCAAGAAUCUAUUCACUGGAGCAACUGCUGCAGGAAGCUGUCCUGGAUGUACGUCCAGAGUCAGAGGCUGUACUCACUGAAGGGACAAGGGUGUGUGCUUACUGGAGUGAACGAUCACGCUGCUUAUACCCCGGCUACGUUCGCAGAGGUGGUUCAUCUGAAGAGGGGAAGCCAGGAGGAGUGAUGGUGGAGUUUGAUGAUGGAGACCGAGGAAAGAUUUCCCUCCAAAACAUUCGCCUCCUACCUCCAGGAUAUCAGAUUCACUGUGGGGAGUCGCCUCCUGCCCUUCUACCCAGUGGGACAACAGCCAAAAGAAGUUCAAGUCUGGAGCGCCCCAUUAGUGAAAGACCCUCUGACAGACUCAGCACUAUUAAUACUGUUACCAGCAACCAAACUGUUCACAAAAGGAGACCAGGCAGACCAAAGGGAUCUGGAAAAAAACAAAAACAGCAACAGCAGCAGGCUGAGAAUAAAAAUCCUUCAGCUUUUCUGGGUUGGCCUUCAGUAGCUAGCACCAGGAAGAGGAUGUCUGACAAUCUGUUUCAACUAAAUGGGGCACAGAGGAAGGCUUUAAGAGGGAAGGAGGAUGACUUGUUCCCGUUGCCUUCGAUGCAGCCUCUGGCCUCCCCUCCAUCCAAAGGCCUUUUCAGCAGCAGCUCCUUUGAAGUGGACUCCUUCAGCAGCAUUGCAAACGGUUACUCCUCCUUCUGUACCCAUUCUACAGGGCCAGGUUCAGGGUUAUCUCUGGGACCAAAAAGUGGGCUUUAUGGCCAGAGGCGGAGACAAGAUGAGCAAGGAAGCAGAAGCAGGAAGUCUGGACAAGAGUUCCUGGUCAAGUUAGACCAUGAGGGUGUGACCUCCCCCAAGACGAAGAACAGUAAGGCUCUGCUGCUGCGAGGUGGAUCUGCUGGCAUGAGUGGUAUACCCAGGACAGAAGCCUACUCUCAUCCAGUCUUGCUGGUCAAAGACAAUAAAAAAGGUGGCGCCUCCAAAGUAGAACUUCUCCUCAAAGGAACCCCAGCCCAAAGAAAGCUCCCUUCUCUUCGUCUUGGGGACUAUGGCGACUUGGGCUUCAGCUCCCAUCGAGAGUGUCACAGCUCCUAUUCUGAUCUGGAUUAUGAAGAAGAGGAAGAGGAGGAGAGGAGGAGGGCUGCACUGGCUGCAGCUACAGGAGGGCUAAGGACAGCAGGACGUUUCCUCUCUCGACUCUCGGUCUCCUCCUCUUCUUCCGGUUCUUCCAGCUCCUCCUCAUCAGGCUCUCUGUCCAGUUCCAGUGUCUGUUCAUCUGACAAUGACUCGUCCUAUAGCUCAGAGGACGAGGACAGUUCCACACUGAUGUUGCAGAGUUGUCUGUCUUCCCACCCGAGGCUCUUACAACCCUCUGAACCUUCCACGUCCUCCAGGUCACACCAGCACUCCUUUGUGGCCAAAGCUGUGGCUGUUUCCAAUGCAAAUAGAGGCCCUCCUGACCAUGUCCAAAAUAGCAAAUCACUGAAGAGGAAGGAAUGCAGCAGCUCCAUCUCUAAACCAUCGAAGGAAUUCAUGAAGAAACCUAGGAUGCUCACAGAUGAAACAGCAUUUAUUCCAAGGCCGAAGAUGUCCACUUUUCUAGCAGGACGACAGAUGUGGAGGUGGUCAGGAAACCCUACACAGAGGCGAGGUCUUAAGGGCAAGGCCAGGAAGCUUUUCUAUAAGGCCAUUGUACGAGGCAGAGAGACAGUAAAAGUGGGAGAUUGUGCUGUGUUCCUCUCAGCUGGACGCCCAAACCUCCCAUAUGUAGGUCGUAUCGAGAGCUUCUGGGAGUCCUGGACCUCCAGCAUGGUAGUCAAAGUCAAGUGGUUCUACCACCCUGAAGAGACCAAGCUGGGCAAGAGGAUUCGAGAUGGGAAGCAUGGCCUGUACCAGUCAUGUCACGAGGAUGAGAACGACGUCCAGACAAUCUCUCAUAAGUGCCAGGUGGUGAGCAGGGAGGAGUAUGAGUGUCUGACUCGUAAUCAGAAGCCGAACAGUCCCUCCCCGGACCUCUACUACCUGGCUGGGACAUACGACCCCACCACUGGUCAGUUAGUCACUGCUGAAGGGGUUUCUAUACUGUGCUGAACCUCUGUGAGGAUACUACUGAAGGACUCCCCUGGAGGAACGAUUGAAGUCAUGACAAAGACCCACCACCCUUGGAAGACACGUUUUCCCUGGGUACGCCUCAAGGACCGGCGGACUACAUGCCAGCACCAAAGCGGGACUGUCUGAGGUUACACACUGGAGUCUGAUGGGGUCUAAUAUUCGCUGAAGUGAAGGGGAUGUCCAGAACUAGUUCAUCCUUUCAAAAAAAAAUGCUUGACAGUCUGGGUCUUCUUGGGCAUCACAAAAUUCAAUAAAAGGCAUUUCAUGGGCUUUCACUGGUCUAAAUAAUCUCUUUUUAAUAGAUUGUAUGUGAUUGACAGCUUCAUAACUGGUUUCGGACUCCUUGGGUGACUUAUGAAAGGUCAAAGUACCAUGAGACUGACUGGUCUCUGAGGACCAAUUCUUUAAAGGUAGCCUUACCAGGGGGAAUGAGAGCAAAAAGUGAGGUGGGGGGCAUCUCCUAAACCUCAUCAUUCCAGGGAAGUUGAAAACAUGUAAAGGAUGUAAAGUUGAUGUCUGUAAAUAUUUGGAAUUUUUCUCAAUCAAGCCAUACACUUCAGUACCUCUCACCUGUCUUAACUGUUCAGGUGUACAUUGUACAGUUCAAUUAUUGAAAUGUUGUCUGUUGUCUAUAUGUACAUAAAAGCUAUUUUAUAUAGGAGUUUAUUGUAUAUAUGAGAUGUAUCUUUCCAUGUUUGCGAUUGAAUUAUUUUUAUAUGGGUGUAGAAUAUGUUUUGUUUUUCAUUUGCUUCUGGAAGUCAAGAUUAAAGAUGUUAGUGUUGCACUGCAUAUGCCCUGCUGAGACAGAGACAGACAGAGCACAGACAAAGUCAGAAGGAUUUAGUCUAUAACAGGUCAAAACUGGCUUUCUAAGAGAAGGCAGUCAGCCUGUUUAAAAAUAGGUCAAGUGGCUUUUUGUAUAAGUGUUCUGUUGCAUAUUUUUUGUUAUCCUAUUUAAAAACACCUUUUUAUUUAUGUACGUUUCAGUUAGUCAUCGUCACAAAGCAGAUCCCAGUGGACUGCAAUCACGGGUCAAAAAUGAUUUAAGAUGAAUUAUAUGAGUAUAUCAUUUUGACACAAUAUUUGUGUGUGAUGAGUGUCCUGGCAUCACUAUAAUCAUGUCCAUACAAAUCAGUUCAAAACAAGACUGGGUCUUAUUAAAUGAAAUUGUGUUAAAUGUGCUUUAUGAAUGCAUAGUCCAGCACAUUAUGACCUGCAAAAUACCAAAGUGUCUUUAAUAUUUUUUAUUUUUCAGUUAUUUAAAUUUAACAUAUGUCAAGCACCUGUAUUGAACUUAAAUCAGAAAUCACUGGUAACUUAUAGAGUAAUUGUCCUCCGCUAUGUGCAUAAAUAUUGACAUUACUUUGUGACAAUGGUGUCUUGCACAUGUACCUGCAGUUUUGUUAAAUGCAAAAAUAUGCAGCAAAAGGCCACAUGGAAGUGUGACUAUGAAGGUCAAGGUACUGAUAAAGUAUGCGGUUAAGUACUGACAAUGUAUUGGAAAUUGCCUAUUAUAGUUUCAUCAGCCAUCUGUGUCUAUUUUGUACAGUACAUGCACAUACUCAAUGCUAACUGUGAAGGACAAUCAGAUUCACAAAGCAAUGGACAUAGAGUAGCUUCACUCAAUCUUAAAAUUACUUAAGUGUAUUUAAUUUGUGCCAAGUACAUUUUGUCUAUUUUUUGUCUUGUUUGAUAUGCAACCCUGAGUAUUCUUUGUUCACAAAGUUUUAUUUUGUUGGCCAACCUUUUAUUUAUUGUCAAUGUUGCUGUUUCAUGCCAAGAGCGCUUUAUGAGAAUGUGACAUUGUUUUUUUCUUGGUGUGAUGUCGCAUUUGCAUUUCUUAAAUAAAACCGGUCUUGUAGAGACCAUCUAGUGAAAAGAAAUAAAGCAACACUGGAUUCUUCUCAUCCACAAACCUCUGUGAA